UUUGCAGCUUACUUUUUCAGAUACAAUGUGGAAUUGAUAUGUACAUAGUGUAUAUAUCAGGCCUGUCUAUGUACAUUUUACAAAAAAAAAUUUGUACUGUAUAACCUCGUGAUAGUUUUUGUGAUAAACGAUGCAGAUGAUUUGCCAUGUAAACAGCUCCCGAACUGGGCACGAUAAACUAGUCCGACUUCUGCAGUACACUUGUAAACUCCUGGUUAACUGGAGCAAUGAUGCAAGUGGAUUACACCAUUUGGAGAGUACACUAGGUUCUGCGAGGAAACUUCUUAGGUUUGGGACGUUUUUUGAGUCCUUGGAGGCGGCUGGGAAAGCUUUAAACCACCGUGAUCCAGUGAUAAGAAUGAGCACCGCUUUAUCGAAAUUGUGCAAUGCCGUGUUUCUCUUUACUGAUCAUCUGAUCUGGCUUAAUUCAGUCAGAAUGGUGAACUUAAGUAGAAGCAAAUGGUCUAAAAUCUCCAUCAAUGCUUGGUUCUACUCAGUACUGUUUAGCCUAGUUUGUGAUCUAUACAAGCUGAAAUCCAUUGUUGAAGAAUAUUCAAGAAAUUGUCGAAAUAUUUCUCUACCAUCUCUUUCUUUUCAGGGCGUGCUUGAGGCUUAUGAUCCUCUAUGUGGGUUUUUAAUCAGCUCGCAGCGUCCUCUUCUGAUAAACCUGAUCAAGAAUUGUUUCGAUAUUGUUCUUCCCCUCUCUACCCUAGGAUAUGUGAAGAGCUCCAGUUUAUCUGGUUUAUGUGGAAUUAUCUCCACCUCUCUAUCUAUACUUCCUCUUCUUCCAGCAAAAUAGGCAGCUCCGACAUGUACAGUACAUAAUGAGACUUUGUACAAUGGUGUACGUUCACUGUAUGAUGUACUAACAUUUUUAGGGAUUUGUAAUUUUUAAUGAUUUAGAGAAAAAAUGAAAAAUUGGACAUUAAAAGACAACUUUUUUAUUCUUUAUAUGUUACUUUUUAACCGAGCAUUCAUUGAAAAUAUAGUAGUUUCCCUAAUUCAGCGAAGAAAUUCUGGGAAAAAAAAUUUUCUACGGGAUGAACAACUAUUUUCGAGAAAAUGCACAUGAGCCGCUUUACAUGGCCACGCAUAUGGCUCUCUAAGCGUGUACAAUCCAAUUACAUCCAAGUAUACCCUGAGGCGUACCCUUUAAGCAGUGAUUUUAACUAUCAUGAACCCUCUUUAUAGAUUAAUUGUUUAUUUUUACUAUGCUUUUUUAUUCUAUUGUUAUUAUCUUCAAAUGGUUACUUAAUUCAUUAUUAAAAUGUAUCUUAAAUAUUUUAUAAUUAUUAUUUAUCCAAAGCAUACACUACGUGUUUACAUUCAAAACUGUGAUUUCACCCUGUGAUUAAUUAUGUGAUUAAUUCUGAGAUAGGUAUUUGAAUAUUUUCAGAAA